AUGUGUUCUUUAUCAGGUAAAUCCAUUACUGCUCGUGCGUAUGAAGCCCAAUACAGCGGAAAACAAUGUGAAGAAGUCUCAGGUUUUGCGAGUUGGCUUAAACAGCUGAAGCUCACUGCACGAGCAGAACUUUUUCGGUGGAGGUUGAGCAGAGGAGAAAUCCAACCAAAUGAAAUUUUGAAAUACAGGAAAAUUAAUAAUGAUGAUCAAUGUGUUCGUGGUUGUGGGGAUAUUGGAAAUCUAUCACAUAUUAUUGUAAACUGCAAGUAUCUGCAGGAGGUGCUGAAGAAAAUUCAGGAAUGGGGUUUCUUUGUUCCUAUUUUUAAUUCUCUGGAUGAAUGUUUAAGUGAGUUCAAAAGUCUUUCGAGGAUUGCACCUAAUAUAGUUACUCUAUAUUGUAAUGCUGUAUUCAUAUAUUGGAAAAACAGAAAUGAUAUAGCUCACGGGAAAACAGUGAACACUGUCUCUGCAACGGCAACAAAUGUGAUAUCUACGGAUUUUUUAUCUUCUUGUCCUCUCUUAGCUAGCUGGGGUGCUAAUCUCCCUUGGGAGUUUCAAAGUUUUUGGCACCCUCCACCGCAGGGAUGGAUCAAGAUCAAUGUAGAUGCAGCUCUCUUACUAUCUUAUAAUGUUGGAAUUGGUGGCUGUUUUAGAGAUGAUAAAGGCAGGAUUUUAGUGGCUUUUGGGGAAAAUAGAACUCAUUGGGACAUUGCCAAUCUAGAACUGGAAGCGGUGAUGGCAGUUAAGAAGUACUUACAACCGUGGAUGAUGGAUUACAAAGGACUUAUAAUUGAAGGGGACAACAUCAAUGUGAUCAAAUUCAUUCAAAAUUCUAUGAAUAAGGCAAAGUGGCAAAGCUACAAUCGGAUAGAGGAAAAUCUUCUAUUCUUAACCGACUUUAAUAAGCAUUCCUUCUUCUCUAGGCUCUCUUUUGAAGAAGGAAUGUGA